AUGGCAACGAGCGAAGAGAAUGGAAAGAAGGAAGGGACCAACUUGCUUGGCUCGCCCACUUUUACAGAGUUGGGAAACGGGCGUUUCAAGUGCGUAGAAACUGGGCACGAAGUCCUUUCUAAGGACAUACCCUCCUACUCUCACAGCAAAAAAUGCCGUUUGGGUCUCAUCGAUUUCGCCUUGUCCAAGCACAAACCCCCUCUCAACAUGUUCAAGCAAGACCCUCUCUGCCGUUCCAAGUUGAUAUGUAAGCUAACUGGGGACAACGUGAACAAGUCAGAGGAACAUAUCUGGAAGCAUAUGAGUGGGAAAAGAUUUCUCAAUAAAUUAGAGCGAGAGGAAGAAGAGAAGCUGUCGUCCCAAGGAAUGGAAGUUGAAGAGGGAUUACAGGAGUCAAAAAGUACAGAUGAUGGAAGAAAGGAUAGAAAGAAGAAGAAAAAGAAUAAGAACAAAGAAAUUGACGAGGAGAACUUAAAGGAGUCGAAAAGUGCAGAAGAUGGUGGAGAAAAGGAUAGAAUGAAGAAGAAAAAGAAUAAGGACAAGGCAAUUGCAGAGAGUAUAUCAGAAGUUAGGAAAUCUUCCGAUGAGGAUAGUGACGCAGAAGAGGAAGACUUCUGGAUGCCUCCUGUUGGUAAGAGGUGGGACCAUGAUGAUGGAGGAGAUCGAUGGGGUUCCGAGUCAGAGUCAGAGCAGGAAACUGAAGAUCAAAAUGUAAUUGAUGGUGCUGCCGGUGAGAAUUGCAAGGAGUCAGAAGAGUUGUCAUCAAGGUAUUUUGCUUCAGUAUGA